AUGAAAUCAGAAAAUGAACAUUAUCCACAGCAAAAGAGAAUCGUUUUUAACGCUGCUGGAGUGAAUUGUCAAUCGCGUUACAAUCAUUUGGAAGGUGUAGGACAAAAUAUGGAGGAAAAAACCACGAGCGAAGCUUGCUUGAAAAUGGCUGAUUACAGGCAUCUUUGGGAGCAGGAAUGCCACUCGAAAAUCAAUCAUAACAAUAGAGACAGUUCCAGUAAUACUUCAAUUCAAACCAGUGAUUCAUUUAACUCAUCACUUUCUCAACCCAUAACAAAUGAAAUAACUUUAAAAAUGGAUGCGGAAGACAAACUUUGCAACGGGCCAUGGCAAUUAUCAGUUUCUUCCGACCCGGCAAGUGUGUCAGAUGUAAUUGACAGAAAGAUGUUUUUUGAAAGUAUUGAUUUUGAGUUACCAAUACCAAGCACAGAUGAUGCACCUAGUCUAGAUGAUGUCUUUGAUGUCCUUGAUGCUGAAAUGGAUUUUUUUGGGCCAGAUAUGGCAACAGAACCACCUUCAACAGGAUCAUCUCCUCACUUUAAUGACAGCCCUUACCAGUCUUACUGGUCUCAUGGUUCAUGUCAACCGCCACAUGUUUACAUUCCGUCUUCCAACCCAUGCAACGCAUUUCAAGGCUUUAAUUUUGGCCUCGCGAAAGGUCUUCAAAACCCUUCCCGUGGUUUGAUAACUGCAAUAAGGAGAUUGUGUGAGUUACUCUCAAAACCAAGAUCAGACCAUCUUGAUUCUAUUUUCGUUCGCCUCCUGAAUGCAACCUUAAGAGAAAUGGAGGCGGCCGCGCAACCUCAGUCCAAGCACUCCAGGAGAAGAAGUGCAAGGCAAGAUAUCCCUUAUAGACAGAGGAUACGAGUUAACAAGUCUGCAAGCGACGCUGAAAAAGGUCUUGGGGCAGCCAACAUCAGAAUGAGCCGAUCUGUCGCUUGCAAGUCCCAGUCCUUACCAAUUAUUUCUUCUAGAUCUAGAGUAGCUCGCUGUACUGGGACUGUCGAUCUGACUAUGUUAGAGGGCGAGAAAACGAGCUCAGAGAAGACAAAUACCAAAGUAACAACUCAAAACGAGCCUUUUCUAGCGCUGGAGGACACCAUGCCAGUUUUCAUGGGAAGCUUCAUUUAG